AUGCCUUACUCCCUGUGUGAAUGCCAUGUUGCAGCUUCUGAGGACAUCGUACUUAUACCGCUGCAGUUCUUCGACCUGCCGGAAUCUGAAUUCCUGGAUUUUCUCUCAUGGUCGACCAUAGCGUUCUGGAGCAUAGACAUUGUGAUGUCUUUUUGCACUGGCACCUACAGCAAGGGAGUUCUGGUUAUGGAUGCCCUUGUCGUGGCUCGGAAGUACGUGCGAACCUGGUUCCCAGUGGACAUCAUGCUGGAAGCCAUGCAGGGCUGGGCAGUGAACGUCCAGUACAGCCUGGCUAUGAACAUCAUUCGGCUGUUGCUUCUCAAUCACAUGGUGGCGUGUGCCUGGUGGGGGUUUUCUCACAUCGGCGGGCAUGCAGAAGGGUGGUCAACGAGGUAUGGGGUGGAGUACCAGGGCACCCUUUAUGGCUAUGCCUCGAGCUUGCACUGGGCGAUUGCCCAGCUCGGCGUGGGAUCAACGGAGAUUGAGGCCACAAAUGCUCCAGAGCGCAUCUUCAGCAUCUUCGUGGCGCUGCUAUCGCUCAUCACUUUUUCUACCAUGGUGUCGUCAAUGACGUCCAUGAUGACCUCUUACUACCGCAGCAAGGAGGAGGAGACACGCCUCUUCAGCCAGUUGCAGCGCUAUUUGUUGCACAACAGCAUUUCCACGGACCUGUGCCAGCGCAUCACUAAGUUCUUGCAGCACGCUUACAUGGCCCAGCACCAGGCGUCUUCGCAAGACAUGCACGUCCCCCUGCUGGAGAUGCUUUCUCGGCCACUGAUGUGC